AUGUCCCCCGCGUUUGAGUUUCGUGGGAAUAGGCAAGGCGGAAACCACCGCCAGCAGCCCGAAUUUACGUUUCGAUCCCGGUUCCCCAAAACCUCAGCGAGACCUCUAUUGUUGAUGUUGCAAAGGGAAACAACGCCUGAAUUUCUAGGAGGCUCACAGAGCGAAGAACAGAAGCCAAGAAAGUUUAUAGCCUUGGAAGAUUUAAGUGAUAGCGACGAGGCAGAGAUGGAAGUUUCCUCUGCGGACGAGGGUUCCCAUCCUCCUCCACGCAAGAAGCAGGCUAUCGAAUCAAACACAGGGCCUGUCGCACAGGUUCCCAAGUGGUCGAAUCCAGAUCCUUACACUGUCCUGCCCCCCUAUGAUGAGAAUCCUGCUAAGAGAAGAGACGUCGUCAAAUUGAUCCGCAAGGCAAGGAUACAACAGUCUGUGGACCAGCCAAAACCUGAAGAGAAAAAUGCUGUUGUGUCGAAUGAUGAUUUUAUCUCCUUUGGCCUCGAUGAUAUAGAAAUGGAUGUCCCCCCUGAAAAUGCACCUCGGGGACCGAAAAGCUCGAUGAACCAGGAUGGUGACCCUGCUCUUGGUAGCAGAAAACGAACUUACGACGAUGAAAUCACAGGCCCGAAUAAACGUCCUGGCAAACCAGGGAAGCCAGACAGGUUUUCCAACUCCGAUGGAUCUAUGCUCCUUAAAUGGCGACCCUUCGAUGACCAAAAUCCCACUCCCUGGGUUGAUUCAGUCUGCCGUUCCACGUUCCAUGUAGGAUGCAGUCUUCACAACGAAAUACUUAGCUUCUACCACUGGGUUAAACCAAAGUCUUUCGAACACCUGAUUAGGAAUGACUUAAUCGUGCGUUUGCAGCGCCUCUUUGAGCGAAGGCAUUAUGGCUCCCAGUUGCACGCUUUUGGUUCAUUCGCGUCUGGCCUCUAUCUUCCAACUGCAGACAUGGAUCUUGUAUUGCUUUCGAGGCAAUUCCUGCGGCAAAAUCGCAAAACUCUUUGCCAGCGGACCCGUGAGAUCUACUCUUUUACAGCAUAUCUCAAAGACCUUGAUAUUGCCGUGCCCGGAUCCAUCGAAACCAUUGCUCAUGCGAAGGUCCCAAUCAUAAAAUUCGUAGAUAGGCUUACCGGCUUGAAAGUGGAUUUGUCUUUCGACAAUUCUACUGGAUUAGCAGCGAACAAAACAUUCCAGGUUUGGAAAUCUCAAUUUCCUGCUAUGCCUGUCAUUGUUUCAGUCAUAAAGCAGUUUUUGCUGCUUCGUGGCCUCAAUGAGGUACCUACUGGCGGUUUAGGUGGCUUUUCAAUCAUUUGUCUGGUUACUAGUCUUCUCCAACACCUCCCGUAUAGCGGUGCAGAGCCGAACCUUGGUGGUGUUCUCAUGGACUUCUUUGAUUUCUAUGGUAAUAAAUUUAACUUCAGCGCAGUUGGCAUACAAUUUGAUCCUCCUGGCUACUUUGAUAAGAAACUCCUUGGGGUCUAUCUAGCAAAUCGGCAGCAAAGACUUUCAAUUAUGGACCCUAACAAUCCUGAUAAUGACAUUGCAGGGGGUACAAAGGAGAUUCAAUUAAUAUUCAGAACCUUUGCGGAUGCAUAUCGAACUCUCAGGCAAGAGUUAGUGCAAACAGCGUUCUCAGGGACUCGCAGAGAUAGCCUCCUCGGGUUGAUUCUCGGCGCCAAUUAUGAAACAUACGAACACCAACGCGCACAUUUGGAUGUUCUGUGUAAGAAUGAUCCUCGAUUUGCGCAUUAUGUCCAACCCCCUCCACCUAAUAAUCCGCCACCAGAAGAGCCUGCGGCUCCUCCCUCCCCUCCCCCAGUCGAUGCGGACAUUUUGACUGCGAAAGGAAACGAACAAGAAGAUUCGUCACAAGGCCUCAAGCUCUCCAGAAAGAAGUCAGUGGCAUUUGAUCGUGCCGCCCGACUCAAGCAACUCCGACCUGACUUGAAACAUGUUCCGAAAUUUCUGGAUCUCGAUGCAGCUCUGAAGCUGGGAGGCUAUUCAUCGAUUUCAGAAAUGGAUCGUGACUUGUAUCUAAGGGAAAAGGCGCUUCUAGGGUGA